AUGAAGGCGCCCAACCCGGCAUCGGCACUGGAGGCCUCCGGUGCCGCGCCGGGCACCGCCGAUCUGCUCCGCGCCAAGAGCGCGCACUCACUGGCGAAGAUGCUCGUCGACGCAGGGCACCAGCCUCGAGCCAUCGGCGCCGCACACUCCAGGUCCAUGAGCACCUCGGCGGCGCCAAACGCGAGUGUCAAAGACGAGGGCCUGUCCGUGUUCGAUCUCCAGCGCUUCGGAUCGCAGAUGCACAGCCCAGCGGCGACUGCCCGCGCCAGGGCCUAG